UUACAUAUCAUACAGAUCUUGGUCUGAUUAAAUGAAGCAUUCAUAAAAUGGUCGGACUAUUCACAAUAUUACUGAAUUAUAAGCAACCAAAAAAAAUUAAAACAUAAAAUAUAAUACUCAUUAGAAAAUUACCGGUUUCCGAGCCAGAUAUUAUAAUGACGGAUGAGUUUCCGUCAACAACAGAAGACGCAGCAGCACGUUCAGACUCGGAGGAUACGAUGAGCAAUCCCACCAAAUGUGUUCUGUUAGCUUGUGGAUCUUUCAACCCUGUGACAAAUAUGCAUUUACGAAUGUUUGAGAUAGCUAGAGAUGCUCUCCAUAGGACCCAGAAAUUUUCUGUGGUGAAAGGGAUAAUUUCUCCAGUCAGUGAUGGGUAUGGUAAAAAGGAUUUGCUGCCUGCUAGUCAUCGGUGUGAAAUGCUCAAGUUGGCUCUAAAGUCCAGCAACUGGAUCAAUAUGGACACCUGGGAAUGUGAACAAAGCAAAUGGACAGAAACAGCCAAAGUGUUAAAAUACCAUCAAUCCAAGGUAGAUAGAGAGAGCAACAUGAGAUCCAAACCAGCGCCCACAAAGAAGAGGAGAAAAGACCUCCGUAAUGUUCAGAUCAACAGCAAUGACAAUGAUUAUGACGACAUGUCGGUAGAUGAUCACAAUGCGAUCAAUGCGGCCCUGAAGAAGGACAGUGUCAGUGUUAGAUUACUGUGUGGAGCAGAUUUACUGGAAUCAUUCGGAACCCCUGGCCUUUGGGCAGACAAAGAUAUUGAGGAAAUAGUUGGAAAGUAUGGACUUGUGUGCAUUACAAGGGAAGGGUCAGAUCCUAGAAAGUUUAUAUAUGAAUCUGAUGUAUUAUCAAAGUAUCAGGAAAAUAUCAUCAUUGUAACAGAGUGGAUAUUCAAUGACAUUAGUUCUACAAAAAUCAGGCGUGCUCUGCGGCGAGGAGAGAGUGUGAAAUACCUUUUACAGGACGUUGUGAUAGAUUACAUCCGAGCGAAUCAUUUGUAUGGCGUAGAGGACAAUAAGUAUAUAAAUGACAUUAUUCCCUCCCCAGUAGCGGAGAAUGCUGUGUCCGACGUACAGUGGCCAAACUCGGAGGGGCCAAGCUCAGAGUACGAGGAGGUGCCAAGGUCUCCAAAGAGGAUCAAUGAAGAUCCUUUCGAUGGGCCCCCAUCUCCCAAGUCUCCUCGUCAUGUUCCUUGUAUGGGCCCAGAUUUAGGAUCUUUGGUCAGAAGAGUCAGAAAUCUUUCGACAGGGGAUGUUUCAACAUCACCAAGUGGAAAACCAAUGAGUAUGUGCUAUUGUCAGAACCCAAAGACUGGCUAUGUACUGUGGUAACGGUCCCCUAUGUGACUGCUUUAUUCACCCCUGCUGUCAAAUUGAACAUUUUCAGAGUAAUUACAUUCUGCUUGUGUGAAUAUUUGUGUGUACUAUCUGUGUUUUGAAGAAAAAAAAGUCCAAAAAAAUUAUUUCACAAUAACAUUGCAUCAUUAGAAGGUACAGUUGAAGUUUGAUAUCUCGGACACUGAUAUCUCGAAUACUCGGAUAUUUUGAAGCUUUUAAACAGUCCCAGUUUGACUGUAUAUAUAUAAAAAUUUUACCAUGUUCCUAUAAUAUAUCAUCUGUGAAUUGGUAUUUACCUUCAUAUGGUAAUGUUCAUGUUUUGCCAAAUUUUCUGUAAAUUCUGUAUGUAAUUGUGUCAAUUUGCUACAGUGUACAAAUAUGUUCAAAAUAUGCUUUAUAAAAUUUUGUGCUACCAAUAUUUAUAUAAAUUAGAAUUAUGAUGUGUACCUCUAGUUGGAGAUAGUGAAAUUUCCAAUCUUUGUUAUGGCUCUGGUUCUGACAUUUUUCUGGCAGAUCAAAUAUUAAAAAAGCCAGGGAAAUCAAGGUAUUUGGACUAAAGUGACCUGUUUUUCAUUGGAGAGAGAGAGAGCAAGAGAGAAAGAGAGAGAGAGAGCGCAUUUAUUUAUAUCAAAGAAGGCUUGGUAAAUAACAGCCUUCAAAAAAUACAUGGCAUCAAAAAUUGACAGAACCAACUCCUCUGAUCAGAUUGCGACCAAUCUCACAAAUGGGACAUGAUGGUCUGUCUGAGAUACAAUAUUCCAAAUGGGACAUAAAUUGAAGUGCAAAAAAAUAAUUUUUUUUUUGAGAAAAAUAAUAGAUGAAAUAUAACAACUUUUGUGUUUUUGUAACAAACUUUUACAGAUCUUGAUCCCUCAGUAUAUUAAAAACUUCUUGGGGAUCAAUCUGACAAACUAAAGGGCUUUAAGGCUUACAGAAAAACUUGCUAACCAAAUACUGUUGCAUUAAAUAUGAAUUAAUGCAGAUUUAUUUUUAGAAUAUUUCAAAUUUAUAUCCCUUUUAGGGUAUUAUAUCCCAAACAAGCUACUGUGUCCCAUUUGGAAGAUUUGUCCCAAUCCGUUAAUAUCAAGUCAUUAGGUAUAUCAAUUACCUCAAAAACAUAUAUUAUGUAGCAAUCAAACCCACUGUUAUAUUUUUAUAUAGUUUAUGCUGCUAGUUGUACAUUUAUUGUUGGCUAUUUAUACAGAUCUGUUAAACAUGUAUAACAUUUCUACAUGUAGUAUGUUAUCAAUUUUCCUUUAAGCUCUUAUGCUGUUCUUAUAAACUGUACGUGUCCUCCUCACAACUGUCAAAGCCCAAUAUGCUUUCAGUACUUUAAAAAGUUAUUGUAAAUAAAGACU